AUGUCGUCCGGAAAGGUCAAGGCCAGCCAGCUCGUGGGCAAGAGCAAGGAGGACCUCAAGAAGCAGCUCGAUGAGCUGAAGACCGAGCUUGUCGGUCUGCGCACCCAGAAGAUCGCUGGCGGUGCUUCCUCCAAGCUCACCAAGAUCCACGACGUCCGCAAGUCGAUCGCCCGCGUUCUCACCGUCAUCAACAAGAACCAGCGCGAGCAGCUCCGCCUCUUCUACAAGGGCAAGAAGUACCUUCCGCUCGACCUCCGCCGCAAGCAGACCCGCGCCAUGCGCAGGCGGUUAACCAAGCACGAGGCCUCCCUCGUCACCGAGAAGCAGAAGAAGAAGCAGAUCCACUUCCCCCAGAGGGUUUACGCCGUCAAGGUAUGA